AUGGCCCUGGCAGACCCCGCGGGCUGUGCCAAAGGCAGCGAGGACAGCACCCCCUUCCCUGACAUCAUCGAGCUGAACGUGGGGGGACAGGUGUACAUCACCCGGCACCCCACGCUGGUCAGCGUGCCCGGCUCGCUGCUCUGGGAGAUGUUCACGCAGAAGAACGCGCGCUCGCUGGCCCGGGACAGCAAGGGCCGCUUCUUCGUGGACCGGGACGGGUUCCUGUUCCGCUACAUCCUGGAUUACAUGCGGGACCGGCAGCUGGUGCUGCCCGAGCACUUCCCGGAGCGCGGCCGGCUGCAGCGCGAGGCCGAGUACUUCAUGCUGCCCGAGCUGGUGAAGCUGCUGGCGCCCAAACUCAGCGAGCAGAACUCCCUGGGGGACGAUCCCUGCCAGAGCGACCCCGAGGAGCUGUCCCCCGGCGCGGACGCCGCUCGCGGCCUGGCCUCGGCCGCCUCCGCCGCGCCGCCCGGCGCCGCGUCCGGCGGUACCGGCGCCGAGGGACGCAGGGCUGGGUUCAUCACCAUCGGCUACCGCGGCUCCUACACGCUGGGCAGGGACAGCCAGACGGACGCCAAGUUCCGCAGGGUGGCCCGGAUCAUGGUGUGCGGCAAGACCUCGCUGGCCAAGGAGGUCUUUGGGGACACCUUGAACGAGAGCAGGGACCCGGACAGGCCCCCGGAGAGGUACACGUCCAGGUACUACCUCAAAUUCACCUUCCUGGAGCAAGCCUUCGACAAACUGGCCGAUGCCGGCUUCCACAUGGUGGCCUGCAACUCCACGGGCACCUGUGCCUUCGCCCACGAGCAGACGGACGACAGGAUCUGGACCUCUUACACCGAAUAUGUUUUCUAUCGUGAGUGACACAAAACCAGCCCUCCACCAACCAACCACUGACUGUCCCUUUCCCGUCCCGUGCUGGCUGUGGCCUAGAAGGUAGAGA